UUUUCCUGCUCCGCACGCCCCUCCCAAAACCAGCCCCACUUGCGCUCCGUCUCCAAGUCCUGUUCGCUCGAUCCGAUGAUGGAAACGGCGGCUGCCGCUGGCGGAGGCGGCCCGGGCUACGCGGACUCCGUCGAAUCCUCCCCGCGCUCCCGCGGGGGCGACUCGUGGGACGAGCCAGCCUUCCCCUCCGCUGCAGCUGGCCGCCUCCGGUUGAUGUGCAGCUACGGCGGCCGAAUCGUCCCCCGGCCCACCGACAAGUCUCUCUGCUACCUUGGCGGCGAGACCCGUAUCGUCGUCGUCGACCGCCACUCCUCCCUCCCCGACCUCUCGGCCAAGCUCUCCCGAAACCUUCUCGGCGGCCGCCCCUUCUCCCUCAAGUACCAGCUCCCAAACGAGGAUCUCGACUCGCUCAUCUCGGUCGCCACUGACGAGGACCUCGACAACAUGAUCGAAGAGUACGACCGUAUCCUCGCUGCUGCCGCCGGCGCUAGCGGUGGCUCCAACCGGUCCUCCCGCCUCCGGCUGUUCCUGUUCCCCUCUAAGAGUGAGUCGUCGCCUACGUCCUCGAUCGGGUCGCUUCUGGAUGACUCCAAGUCGGAGACUUGGUUCGUCGACGCGCUCAAUAGUGCCAUGGGCGGGAUGGGGAUCGACGGCCUCCCUCGCGGCCUCUCCUCCGACUCGGCCUCCGUCAAUUGCCUCCUCGGCCUCGAGGACGACUCCUCCGUCCACUCCCAUGGUGGCUCCGCAAUCGCUUCGUCAGGUGUCGUCCGCGGCGGCGCUCACUCGGAGCUGCCCGAGCGUCUCGUCCUGUCGCGCCCAGACUCGUCCGGCAAGCUCGCCCGACACAGCCAGGACGUCCACUCCAUCCCGGACUCGCCGAUGCUCGACACUACUUCCUCCUUUGGGUCGGCCUCCUCCGUCCCUUCACUCUCCAAUCUCCCGCCUAUCCGUGUUCGCCCCGACGACCGCCCGUCCGAUCCCCGGAUCGCCGGUCUCGAUGACCACUUCGCCCAGAUGAACCUGUCAUCCGGCACCGUGGCUGCCGGCGGCGGACAGAGGGCGGACGACAAUUUUAAGGAGCCAUCUUACGCUCCCGAGCUCCAACCCUCUCCGUCGAUCCCCCCCUCUGCUUCCUCCGCUUCCACCUUGACCAUCUCCCCCACCGAAAACCCUAGCAAAGCUUUCUCCUCUGAUGACGAGAAGUCCGACCACGGCGGCGUCCGGAAGCCGCUGCAGCAUCGUCCUCCGGACUUAACUCAGAUCGAAGCGCUCUCGUACGAUUCAGGUUCAAGAACGAUGUACUUGAAUGCCACCUCUGAUCCAAAACGAGAGCUCCCGGUCUCUUCCGAUCCCAGCAAUCGCAUCCCGAUUCUGGCCACGGACGCUGCAGGUUACCAAUUGCCCUCAUUGCAACCAAAGCAAUUCCACGAGCAACAGCUUCAUCCCCAGUUUCAUCAUCAACAGCAGCAGCAGCAGCAGCAGUACAUUCCAGCGAACCCCCACUACAUCCACCACCCUGGUACCGGGGGUGUCAUCCCCGUCCCGUCUUACUUCCCAGUUGCCACCCACACUAUCCAGCAACCGCCGCAAGCCCACGCUUACGAUCCCCAAAUGCCCCUGUACUACUAUCCUGUUCGGCAGACUCCAUCAUACGAUUUGGCGGCAAUGCAGCCCGGUUUGGGGGAUCCCAAUCUGAUAUCUUCAGCAGCAAAACCUGCCUUGCCGGUGCCUCGUGUCCCUGCCAAGUCUGAAUUGACUGCGAAUUUGUAUAGGACCAACGCCCCAUCCCCUGCUACCGCAUUGCAACCCCCGCUGAUCCAUGUCGCGGCGGACCAAGCCCACCCAUAUGCCACCGGCAUGGGGUAUCAUGUGGUGCAGCCGCAUCAUAUUUCUCAGUCCCCGGCAACGAUGGUUAAUUAUGGUUAUGACUUCGCUGGUGAUCGUGCUCACCCUCAGAUGUACUACUCUCAGGCCACUCCAUUGCCCGUGAGCUCGGGUGUCGUGAUCGCCGAUGGGACGGCACCGGCUGAUGCCAAGGCAACCAGAGCAUCAUGAACCCAAGUCGGGGAAUUCUGGUAAAAGACGAGUGAAGAAGAAAGAAGAGGUUCCGAUUGAGGUGAGGGAAGUUUUACGGUCUAUUUACUAUGAGUUGCGUUAUUUGUCUUUUGCUGAUAUGCCUCUGUCGUGAUAGGAAGAGUCCCGUUCUUGUAUCAUCUUUGUCACAGGAGUUAGGGUUCAUCCAUGAACCCUGAGUCCACAUAAUCUUUGCACUUUGAGCAGAUACGUACCAUGUUGCUCUGGGAUUGUUGCCUAUUAAUAAAUCAUACAGCAGUAUUUGAAUGCA